CUGCGAGGAGCACUUCUCACGCGAAAGUGGCGCCGAGCGGGGAUGGCGGAGAGUGCGGGGUACCCGGCCUUCCAGCUGGGGAAGCCCCGCUUCGAGCAGGGCUCGUUUUACGGCAGAUUGAGACACUUCCUGGACAUUAUUGACCCCCGCACACUCUUCGUCACAAAGAGUCGCCUCAAGGAAGCCGUGCAGCUGCUGGAAGACUACAAGCAGGGCUCGCUGCCCCCGGGAACCACCAACCAAGAGCUUUGGAGAGCGCAGAAAAUAAAACAGGCCAUCAUCCAUCCGGACACGAACGAGACCAUCUUCAUGCCUUUCCGAAUGUCAGGUUACAUUCCUUUUGGCACGCCUAUUGUUGUGGGUCUUCUGCUGCCAAACCAGACUCUGGCCUCCACCAUCUUCUGGCAGUGGUUGAACCAGAGCCACAACGCCUGUGUCAACUAUGCAAACCGGAACGCAACCAAGCCGUCUCCGACCUCCAAAUUCAUCCAGGGCUACCUGGGGGCCGUGGUCAGUGCCGUCUCCAUCGCGGUGGGCCUUAACAUUCUCAUCCAGCGAGCCAACCACUUCACGCCAGCCACCCGGAUCCUGAUCCAGAGAUUCGUGCCAUUCCCUGCCGUAGCAAGUGCCAACAUUUGCAACGUGGUCCUGAUGAGACACACCGAACUGGAGGAAGGGAUCGACGUCCUGGAUGGGGAAGGGAACGUCGUCGGAUCGUCCCGGAUCGCUGCCAGACAUGCCCUGCUGGAGACGGCGCUCACCAGAGUGGUCCUGCCGAUGCCCAUCCUGGUUCUGCCUCCCAUCAUCAUGUCCCUCCUGGAGAAGACGGCUUUUCUGCGCUCCCGACCUCGGCUGCUUCUCCCAGUCCAAAGCCUCGUGUGCCUUGCCGCCUUCGGCCUUGCCCUGCCUUUGGCCAUCAGCCUCUUCCCCCAGAUGUCCGAGAUCGAGACCGCCCGCUUGGAGCCAGACAUCGCUCAGGCCACCUCCAGCCUGACCGUCACCUACAACAAAGGGCUGUAAAGCUGAAGCCAGCCCAGCCCUCAGCACCCAAGACGGUGGCAGCGGCGGCAGCAGCAGCGGCGGCGGCGGCGGCAGCGGAGGCACAGAGAGGCGUGAAGGGAGGAGGGGGGCUGGUGGGGAGGGGGUGGAAUACAAUAGGAAGGAGAAGACGGCAAAGCUGUGGCUUGUAACAUCUUCCCUCCGUCAAGAACGGAGUGUAAAUUAGCACUUUCCCGAGACCCGGUAUCUCACGUUGGUCGAAAAGAUUAAUAUUUAAAGUUCUCAAUUAGCGACAGUAACAGCACAAAGAGAAGAAGGGGGUGGGGGGGGAAGGAAGGAGGCAGGAACUGUUGGUGAAGGGGGGAGGGGGCUGUUGGAAAGUCUGACUUCCUCUGGCUCUGCUGAGCUUCAGGCCAGCCUGGCAACCCACCCCUCAGAUGCCCAGAUGUUUGGGGGUGCAGCUUUCAGGAUCCCAGGCACCCAUGGCCGAGCAGGGAGGUGCAGUCCCAGAUAAUUUGGGGAGGGGGGGAGCAACUGCAGAACUAUGGGGAGGGGGACCGCCCUGCUCCUCCUUUCAGGCCGGAGGGCCAAGCUCCAACUCUUGAGUAGGCGGCUUUUCAGUCCUGGCUGGAGCUGUGAGGGUCACUUUUGAUCGUAAGCCCUUCUCAGGGCUUCCUUGCUCCUCCGCGCAGCCCCCAGGACCCCUUUCCCUUUUUCCUGAGCAGAGCCGCCUCCUGCUGCCCUCAGGAGGUGGGGCAUUGAACCCAGGAGCUCUUGGAGGGGCAGCUGGGGUCUUCCUUUCUGUGCUGUGAGGGCAGGGGGUUUUUUUUGGCUUGCAGACUCCCAUGGAGGGAGGGAACCUCCCUGCAGUGGCCCUUCCCAUGGGCCCUUCAAACCCAGGGCAGAGGAGGGCCUCUUUUUAUGGGGCCAGCUGUGGGACGGAGGCCAGGACAGGGCUCUUCCCUUCCCACUGCAUUCCACACACCCCACCCCCGGGAGGGUCUUGGGGUAGGGACAUAAGGGGGUGGGGAGGCAGCCAUACUGGGCGGGGGGGUGCAGGAUAUGGGGCAGCAGCAGCGAUCAGCCCUAGAGCCUUAGAGGUUGGGGGCCUCAAAGAGGCUGGUUCUAGCCCACUGAAAAUAGGCAGCCUGCUCACACACUCACCCAACCCCUGAAAUACUUUCUCUGGCUCCCUCCUGAAAGCCCCCAGCCCCCCCCUCCCCCUGCGUAUUAUGGCUCCUGCAGGUUCUCCACAGGCAGUGCUGGUUGCAGCUCUGGGAGCCCUUCGGAGAGGGGGUUUCUCUGAUCGACCCCUUCUUUUGGAGGUGGGGGGGCGGGCCGAGCUUUGCCUGCUGUUUUAAUUCUCACAGGACUGGCCAGCACUUCCUGCCUUCGUGGGAGCUGGAUGUGGCACAUUGGUGUCUGAGACCCACUGCCAAAGGCUGUAGGUUGGUAGAUUAGGAAAGAAAGAAAAGGAAGAGAAAGGAAAGAAAGGAAAAGAAAGAAAGAC